AUGCCGAGACCACGUCGACCCACUUCCACACGGAAGUCAAAGCCACGAUACGGCAUGUGCGCGGACGAAGAGGCCCCCAAUACCGCAAGACAUCUGAAUGUCAUGAACAGAAAUGCCCAGAUGGAACUGGCGGAAUACAAUAGCAAGCAUGAUCUUCCCUACUACGACAAGCUUGAGUUUGACGACAACGGAUGGCUUGUCACACCACCUACGGAGCAUCGUCUAUCUGACGCCCUUGUGUUUCUUAUAAUCGGGCAGAACUUGAUCGCCUAUGGCAUCCCCUUCAUCCUAGUCUUCUCUGAUUACUACGCAUUGGUGGACUCACACCGUCGCAAGUACCUCUGGCUCGUAUCGAAGAAGGUCAGUCAUGCCAAGAUUGCCCACCCCGGAUGGCACAUAGGCGAGAUCGUCGUCUCCCCAAAGAAGCUCCGCCCACCGUCGGACACCACAUUUAGCGUCGACUUCGAGACGUAUGAUUGGUCAAAGUUCACUCCCGUACCGACACUAAACUGCGCGACCAAACGCCUACUCCUAGCCUUCCAAGGCUCAAGCCUUCUUUGA